AGCGGGCCGUGUUCUGCGGAUUUACAUAAGGCUCCCAUCAGCCGGCCCACUCAUUAUCAUGUUGUAUAUCCCCCUGCUCUCUGAAAGCAUCAUGGCAAAGUAGCUCCAUCCUCCCCUUCAACAGGGAAGUGAAGCAGCUUCUCGGAGCAGGUGUCAGCAGCUGAAAACUCCCCACAACAACUGGACAAGAGAGGAACUUUUAUAUUUGUUUUAAUAUUUCCCCUCUAUUCUUCUUUUUUUUUUCUCCUCCUCUCUGCGCUUUUACGCGCACCCAGCAGGCCUAUGUUGUGUUUUUAAUGUUCUCUAAAAUGGUAUCCAAGCUGACAUCCCUGCAGCAGGAGCUCCUCAGCGCCCUGUUGGACUCAGGAGUUACCAAAGAUGUUCUGAUCCAGGCCCUGGAUGAUAUGGACCCGAGCCCGCCGAGCUUUGGAGUAAAACUGGAGAGUCUGCCCAUGUCGCCGGCUCCUCCGCAGAGCGGUAAGAUGAACGGAGCGUCGGACGUCGACUCGAAGCCCGUCUUCCACACGCUCACCAACGGUCACAGUAAAGGCAAACUGUCCGGGGACGAGGGCUCCGAGGACGGGGACGAGUACGACACGCCACCGAUACUGAAGGAGCUCCAGUCGCUGAACACGGAGGAGGCCGCGGAGCAGAGGGCGGAGGUGGAGCGCAUGUUGGCAGAGGAUCCAUGGCGUGCUGCCCGCAUGAUCAAAGGUUACAUGCAGCAGCACAACAUCCCCCAACGGGAGGUGGUGGACAUCACAGGCCUGAACCAGUCUCACCUCUCCCAGCACCUCAACAAAGGCACGCCCAUGAAAACACAGAAGCGAGCGGCCCUCUACACCUGGUAUGUCAGGAAACAGCGGGAAAUUCUCCGACAGUUCAACCAGGCAGUACAUGGUUCUGGCAACAAUAUGACAGACAAAGGCAAUCAGGAUCCGGUGUUUUUUUUCCCAGAGUUCAACCCGUCCGGUCAGGGCAUGGGUCAGGCUGGUGACGACGUCGGCAGCGAACCCUCCAGCAAGAAAAUGAGACGUAAUCGUUUCAAAUGGGGUCCUGCAUCCCAGCAAAUCCUGUACCAGGCCUAUGAACGGCAAAAGAACCCCAGCAAGGAGGAGCGGGAAGCUUUGGUAGAAGAGUGCAACAGAGCUGAGUGUCUUCAGAGAGGCGUCUCCCCGUCCAAAGCUCAGGGCCUCGGCUCUAAUCUGGUCACAGAAGUGCGAGUCUACAACUGGUUCGCCAACCGGCGUAAAGAGGAAGCCUUCAGACAGAAGUUGGCCAUGGACGCCAUCACCGUGCCGCCACACAGCAUCAACCCUCUGCUGUCACACAGCUCGCCACAUCAUCCACAGACCAGCGCUUCGCCUCCGAUGCGUUACAGCCAAGGCCCCGGUGAGGUCACCUCCUCAACCACCAUCAGUCACCACAGUAGCAACGCGAUGCCGUCCAGCCAGUCGGUGCUCCAGCAGGUGUCUCCGGGAGGACUGGACCACAGCCACGGUCUGAUGUCACCUGAGACUAAGAUGAUUUCAGGUUCAGGCGGAGGACUUCCUCCAGUCAGCACGCUGACAAACAUCCACAGUUCCCAUCACAGCCAUCAGCAGACACAGAACCUCAUCAUGCCUCUAUCUGGAGUCAUGGCCAUCGCACAGAGUUUAAACACGUCGCAGUCUCAGACGGUGCCAGUGAUCAACAGCGUGGCGGGAAGUCUCGCAGCGCUGCAGCCGGUGCAGUUUUCCCAGCAGCUCCACAGCCCUCACCAGCAGAGCCUGAUGCAGCAGUCCCCCAGCCACAUGAGCCAGCAGCCGUUCAUGGCUACCGUCACACACUCACACAUGUAUCCUCACAAACAAGAGCCCCCGCAAUAUUCCCAUCCGUCACGCUUCUCCUCGGCCAUGGUGGUCACGGACACCAACAGCAUCAGCACCCUCAGCUCCAUGUCCUCGGGCAAGACGGACGCUCCUGUAAACAAGAUGGUGCAACUCGGGGGUCUCUCCUGGGUAAAUACAAUUUCAUCAGUUCAGUCACUUUAAAGUAUGUCCUCUUCAAGCUUGGUGAGAGCGUCCAUCUGACUUCCUCGGCGCCCGGCAACCGGAGGCACAUUUUUCCACCCUCUCACCGCUGUAACCAUGACAACUCUUAAUAACCCGGCAAACGUGGCGCGGCUUUGAUGAUGAGUCAGUCAACAAACGAGAGGAGAGUGACGACGGUGGGCCAGGAGGUGGAUGAUGAGAAAUGGGGGGGGGAUGGAGGAAAGAAAAAAUAAAAUAUAUAAAGAUACAUUUUUAAAAAAAAGCACCUGAACGUGAGGAUUGGACUGGAUUCUCCUCCAUCAGUCGCACACAAAUGAUCAACAAGGAUGUAUGAUUUUUACACAAUCUUUGAAAACAGUAUUUUUCUAAAGCCCCCUUUUCAACGGAACAAAAACCAAGCACCCAAACACUGCUCAUAAACUAUGUGUGUGUGUGUGUGUGUGUGUGUGUGGACCUGAAUGAAGGUUCUGGGACAACUUAUAUAUUACGCUGUGAUUUAAAGGUGGAAAUAUGAAGGCACACUGACACUAACAGAGACAAAUCAGCAGCAGCCUCUGCCGGAAAGGCUGCAAAUGAAAGGCGAGUCACUCGCGGCGAGCUCCUCGGACACCUUCGCAGACGGCUCACACAAAUCUCGCACGUGAGCAGA